AUGCUAAGUAGUAUCUGCAUUGGGCUUGGACAUUGUGUCCCAAUGCAUGACAUGGAAAUUUAUAAGCCGCAGCUGCAGUUCAAUUAUUUGUCACGAUCAACAACCGAUUUCUUGAGUUUCUUGCCAACCUGCAACAUGAGUUAUGAUGUGAGCUCUAUAGCAGCAAGUUAUGGUCAAAUGACAUCAGAUCCGGAGACAGAUUUUGUACAUCACAUAGCCCUAUUUGCAGCCCUACUCUGUGCUUGCAUUGUAAUUGGUCAUCUCCUUGAAGAAAGUAAAUGGAUGAACGAAUCUAUCACUGCCCUUGCAAUUGGUUUAGGCACAGGAUUUGUUAUUUUACUAACUUCUGGUGGUAAAAGCUCACACGUAUUGGAAUUCAAGCAAGAGUUUUUCUUUAUAUAUCUCCUUCCACCAAUUAUUUUCAAUGCUGGGUUUCAGGUUAAAAAGAAACAAUUCUUCCAGAAUUUCACAACCAUUACCUCAUUCGGAGCCAUUGGUACUUUGAUAUCCUUUGCAGUCAUCUCAUUUGGCGCAACACGUUUGUUUCCUAAACUGGGUAUCGAUUACCUCAACACGAAGGAUUAUCUUGCACUUGGAGCCAUUUUUUCUGCAACAGAUUCUGUUUGCACCUUGCAGGUUCUUAAUCAGGAAGAAACACCACUGUUAUACAGCCUAGUGUUUGGGGAGGGUGUUGUUAAUGAUGCCACAUCUGUGGUUCUUUUCAAUGCAAUUACAAAAUUUGACCUAUCAGACAUGAACUCUGUCAUUGCCCUUAAAUUUGCUGGAAAUUUCUUGUCAUUAUUUGUAUUCAGUACUUUUUUGGGAGUUUCAGUUGGACUGCUCUGUUCAUUCACCAUUAGAACAUUGUACUUUGGAAGGAAUUCAACAGACCGUGAAGUCUCCCUUAUGAUACUCAUGGCUUACCUUUCAUAUGUAUUAGCUGAAGUUUUUGGAUUAAGUGGAAUCCUUACUGUAUUCUUUUGUGGUAUUGUAAUGUCGCACUAUGCUUGGCAUAAUGUCACCAUCAAUUCACAAGUAACUACAAAGCAUACGUUUGCAGCAAUGUCAUUUAUUUCCGAAAUAUUUAUCUUCAUGUAUGUUGGUAUGGACGCACUAGACGUGGAAAAAUGGAAAUUUGUAAACGACAGUCCUCGGAAAUCCUUUGGGGCUAGUGGUGUACUGCUUGGAUUGAUUAUGGUCGGAAGAGCAUGUUUUGUGUUCCCAAUUUCACUCGUAUCCAACUUAACCUCUAAAUCAAACAGUAACAAGAUCGAGUUUAAACAACAGGUAACAGUUUGGUGGUCUGGUCUAAUGCGAGGUGCUGUGUCCGUGGCUCUUGCUUAUAAGAAGUUUACCGGGUCUGAUGAGCAAAGUAUGCAGCCAGCAAAUGCACUAUUGAUCACCACAACAAUCAUUGUUGUUCUUUUCAGUACUGUGGUGUUUGGAUUGCUGACUAAGCCUAUUGUAAAGUAUUUGUUUCCUGGAUCCUCCUCACAUGUUGAUGAGAGCCAAGCAUGGAGUCCAAAGUCGAUGAUGAUGCCACUUAUAGGCUCAGGUGAUAGGAAUGUAGUGGUAGUAGAAGAAACAGGGGAGGAGGAUGUAACAAGCAAUCUAAAAAGGCUAUUUAGUAACCCUACUAACACCAUUCAUUACUACUGGAGGAAAUUUGAUGAUGCUUUCAUGCGUCCACUUUUUGGUGGAAGAGGCUUUGUUUCUUAUGUUACUGGCACCCGUGAAAUCGCAUUAGUGUAACCACUUUACACUACUAAUCUAAUUAAUUAAUGCCUGCCACUAUAUAUGCUCUUGUACAUCAUUAAUAGUAGUACAGAAUAGCUACACUUCAUGUUUAAUGCUUUUAUCGACUUCAAAUCGUUCUGUGUAUUAUUAUUAAUAUUAGACAGACACUUCAUUUUGUAUUUAGUUUGGAGGUGG